AUGGGGCGUCGGUGGCGGACACGUCGACGAAGACACGUGGCGGGCCCCUGCCAGGUCGAGGGCGGACACGUCUUCACGCUCGACUCUUCCCCCUCCUCAACAUUCUGGUACGCCGGCAGCGAGCGGUUCUUGUACCGCACCCUGUUCUUCUCUGCCUCUGGACUGACCAAUGGCCCUCACACGGUGUCGUGGGUGUUCAAUACGCAUGGUGGCAGCCCCCGGGACUUGCAGGCGGCGCUAUUCGACUACGCAGUAGUUACCGCCGGGACCGCCGAUCGCGAUCCGGCGCCCGGACUGGGACCGGGACCGGGACCCGCGCCACAGGGCGGUGGCGGCACCGGUGCGACGACUUCUGUGCCCCUGACAGGGUCUGGACCGCAUUCACUGUCUUCCUCACCGCCCAGCACCCACUCCACCCCGGCUGGCAGCGCGGCGGGCGCCAUUGUCUCUUCCGGAGCGACUACUAACACUGUGUCCAACUCCAAUUCACCCAGUACCAACUCCGGGGCCUCUGGCCCUCCUGCAGCCGCCCCGCCCAAGUCUGCGUCGCACAUUGCUGCCAUCCUCGGCGCCACGGAAGGGCCGCCAGCGACGGCGACACAGCCUCCUUGUUGCGCGGCCGGUCACGGACUACAAGCCCGACGGACCGAUGGGAGUGGAAGAGGCCAUCUGCUCGUGCAUCCGUUUGUGGAGACGGACGUGGAGACAGGCGUGUCGGCGGAGCAGCUCUCGAAAGCGCGGGAAGCGGGGUACGGCGCCUUGCCUACCGGUACCGCGACGGCGUCGACGGCCCGGCUCCUCCCGGGUCUGCACACCCAAACAGAAACACACCCGUCUCCAUUGUCGCCCGACACGCCGAGCACGGGCACGCCAACGUCCGCGGUGACCGCGCGCGAGCGGCUGCUCGAGGCGCGGCUCGCACAGCUCGAGGCGACGCUCGCCGGGGCGCCGCCGCCGCCGUACAUCGCGGAUUCGGAGGGAGAGGCGGACCGGUGA